UCUCAAAUAUUGUUCAGGAGAAAAUUUUGCUGCGUUUGCCUUGACCGAACCUUCUUCAGGCAGUGACGCAGGAUCUAUCAAGACCCGGGCUGUACUGAACAAAGAAGGUACUCACUAUAUCCUUAACGGCGGUAAGAUUUGGAUUUCUAACGGCGGAAUCGCCGAGAUAUUCACCGUCUUUGCCAAGACCCCCGUUGUCGACGAGGCUACAGGAACAACAACGGAAAAGGUUUCUGCUUUCAUUGUUGAGAGAUCAUUCGGAGGAGUUACUAACGGUCCUCCAGAGAAGAAAAUGGGAAUUAAGAGGCUAUGAUGAUUACCAGUUGGAGGCCGCUAUCUCCAAGAUUUUUGCCUCCGAGGCUGCCUGGUAUGUGACCGAUGAGGGAAUCCAGGUUCUGGGAGGAAAUGGAUACAUGAAAUCCCUGGGUCUGGAGAAGGUGAUGAGAGAUCUCAGGAUUUUCAGAAUUUUUGAGGGAACAAACGAUAUCCUCAGACUGUUUGUUGCUCUGACCGGAAUCCAGUAUGCUGGCGGUCAUCUAAAGGAACUACAGAAGGCUGUCAAGGACCCUAUCUCCAACUUUGGAGUCCUUCUGGACCAGGUGUCUAAGAGAGCAAAGGGUGGACUAGGAAUUGGACCAGGAAACUCACUUGCAGAUAAGGUUCACGCCAACCUAGUUGACUCAGCUGGCCAAGUGUGCACAGGAGUAGAUAUGUUCGGUGGCGCUGUAGAGAAACUUCUUAUUAAACAUGGAAAGGGAAUUAUUAAUGAGCAAUUCCUUCUUAGCAGACUGGCUGAUGUGACAAUUGAUUUAUACUCCAUGACCUGUGUACUCUCCAGAUGCUCUAAAUCCCUGAACGAAGGCCUAGAAUCAGCUCACCACGAAGAAAUGAUGACCAAGGUUUGGUGCAAUGAAGCAUUUGAGAGGAUCAAUAGGAACCUGAACAUGUUGAAGAAUCCAACCAACCUGGAGAACUUCAAGAUAAUGGCUAAAAUUUCAGAGGGUGUCUGCGAGAGAGUGAGCCCUGUCCAAGGAAAUCCCCUCGGAGUUUAAUCCUAAUCCUCUUCCUAAUCCCAGCAAUAUUAUGUAUUUAUUAUUUUAAGUCCUUCAACGUUAUCCAUUUCAAAAACUUAAAAUCAGCAUCUCAUUUAAAUUAUUGUGAAAUAUAUUUAAAAAUAAAGUGAAUUGGUUUUUAAAAA